UGUCGGCGGGCGGCUCUGUCGUUUUCCUCCCGGGCUCGGUGGUGGUGGGUGAAGGGCGGCAGGCAUGGAGCUGGGGUGGCUGCUCUGGGGGGCGGCGGUGCUGCUGCUGCUCCACGUCCUGAUGGGGCUCAGCCCCACCGUCAACUUCGCCCUGCGCAUCGGCUUCUACUCCUUCCUCUGCCUCCUCGCCUCGGCGCUGACGGCGCCCGUCUGCCUCCUCGUCAACGGCGGCCGCACCGUCAAGAACAUGAGAAUCAUCAGAGCUGUGGUCAGGACCUUCAAGUAUUUCCUCGGCCUGAGGUUUGAGGUGAAAGGACUGGAGAACUUCAAGGUGGAGGGCCCUGCUAUCAUCGUGUCCAACCACCAGAGCAUCCUCGACAUGAUGGGGCUGAUGGAGGUCCUGCCUGACAACUGUGUCCAGGUGGGCAAGAAGGAGCUGAUGUACGCUGGCACUGUGGGGCUCAUCAUCUACCUCGGCGGUGUCAUCUUCAUCAACAGGAAGAGCACCACCAGUGCCAAGAUGGUGAUGGCAGAGGUGGCCAAGAGUAUGACAGCUGAAAACGUGAAGGUGUGGGUGUACCCAGAGGGCACAAGGAACUGCACGGGGGAUUUGCUGCCGUUCAAGAAAGGAGCGUUUCACAUUGCUGUCCAGGCACAGGUCCCAGUGAUCCCUGUUGUAUAUUCCUCCUUCACCAGCUUCUAUAACCCAAAGACAAAGCUAUUUACAUCAGGCAAAAUUAAGGUUGAGGUUCUGCCUCCCAUCGAGACCAAAGGCCUGACAUCAGACGAUGUCUCUGACCUCACUGACAGAUGCUUCCACACCAUGAGGGAGACCCUCUUCAGGCUGUCGGGCAGACCAAGCGAGUCAAAGAAGUCAUCCUAGAUGCUUCUCCAGUGGCGUCACCGUGUGGCGGUGACUGAAGGGACCUGUCUGUUGCCAAAUACUGAAGGAACUUCUCUUCCUCUGCAGUGACUUCUAACUCUGGGAACACCACAGACUGGCGCAGCACACGCAGGGUGUCAAGCCAAUGCUGAGGUUCCCCGUUGAGUGGAUUUCUUUUCUGGGUUCAUUAUCUCACAAUGAAACGUCUCCUUUUUCUGAA